AAGGUUUCUUCCAUGGUCCACGCCAAGACCCACAUAUUCACACAUAUAGUUCACAUGGCUACUCUCGCCUUCCACUUCUUAGCCUUAUCUUUCCUCUGCAAUCUCUCAACUCUUCCUUUGCUCACCAAUGCUGUCUCCAACUGCGGCGGAAGCUGCAGCACCCUCAACGACUGCGCGGGCCAGCUCAUUUGCGUCAACGGCAAAUGCAACGAUGAUCCUGACGUGGGCACGCACAUCUGCGGUGGCGGCGGCGGAGGAGGAGGAGGUGGUGGAACUUGCCAGGCUUCAGGCAGUUUAAACUGCAAGGGUAAAUCCUAUCCUCAGUAUCGUUGCUCCCCGACAGUCACGUCCUCCACGCAAGCCAUCCUCACCCUCAACGACUUCAGCGAAGGCGGCGACGGCGGAGCACCGUCCGAAUGUGAUGAGCAGUACCAUAGCAACUCGGAGCGCGUGGUGGCGCUAUCGACGGGAUGGUACAACCACGGGUCACGGUGCGGGAAGAUGAUAAAGAUCACGGCUAGGAACGGGAUGAGCACGACGGCGAAAGUGGUGGAUGAGUGUGACUCGGUGAAUGGGUGUGACAGCGAGCACGCGGGACAGCCACCGUGCCGGAACAACAUCGUGGAUGGGUCGCAGGCUGUGUGGAAUGCGCUGGGGCUUAAUUCGGACGUGGGCCAAGUGCAGGUCACCUGGUCUAUGGCAUGAACUAUUCGUAAGAAAAAUUAAAUAAUAAAAGCAUGAUAAACAACCACAGUAGCUGGCAGCUUGUUUUGCUUUGCUUUAAAUUUCUCUAGUCUGGAAAUAAAGUUCACAAAGCAGGAAAAUAAUCCCUAUUGUGAACACAACGAUCAUCCUUGUAAGGUACCUCGUAGAUCAUCAACAAAUUAAGAAUUUGGUUGUUGAUCCAUGAAAUCCCUACAUUACGUGCACUUUAACUUUAUGUCUUCUGAGAGGGAUGGUGUAAUAUUUCUAUAAUGAAACUUUAAUGUUCCCUCCC